GACCGAUAUAAUGAUGAUACUAAUACUCACCAAAACCCACAUUCGCCCUCCCAUGCAUCCAUGCACCCCUUUCUCCCCACAGGGCUGAUUCAGCCAAGAUGACCCAGCGAGAGAUGCGAGAGCCUCACUAUUUUCCCACCCGGAAAAAGUCCACCAGCCUGUCAUCCCCGAGCACCGCCCGCCGCCUCUACAGGAACUUGUCGGGGAAGUUCCGUGUGGGCAACCUGCCUGGCCUGGAGGACAGUGAGGUGUCGGGACAGGGCGACAAGGAGCGCCUCCGCAAGUCCGCCAUGUUCCAGAGCAACGAGGUGCUGUUCGAGGCAGUGGAGCAUCAGGAGAUGGACCUUGUGCAGUUACUCCUGUCCCAGUACAGUCUGGAGGAGCUGGACCUCAACACCCCAAACAGUGAGGGCCUGCUGCCCCUGGACAUGGCCAUCAUGACCAACAACAUACCCAUGGCCAGGCUGCUGCUCCACGCAGGAGCCAAGGAGAGCCCCCACUUCGUGAGCCUGGAGGGCCGUGCUGUGCACCUGGCCACAUUGGUCCUUGAGGCAGAGGAGCGCGUGGGGGACCUGCAGGCCCAGAUGUGGAGUGAGGGCCCCAGGGAGCGGGAGGCAACGGACCAUGAGAUGCAACUCAAGGCCUGGGAGUGGAGGCACCGGCUCUUCAAACGCAUGCAGACGGGCUUUGAGCAUGCCAGCCCUCCGGAUGCUCCCAGCUUUGUCCGUUUGUCUGUCAGUAGCAGCUCCUGUCUGAGGGUGGACUUCCAGGAGCCUCUCAGUGUCAACUCUGCAUUGGUCACCAAGUACAAGGUGAGGUGGAGCAGUUCCCCUUCCCUCAUUCCUCUGUUGGGUGAGACGCUAGUAGAGGACACCAGUCUACUGCAGUGCAACAUUACUGACCUCACACCUGGGACAUAUUACUAUGUCCAGGUGUCUGCCUACAACAUGAAGGGAUGGGGUCCUGCCCAGACCUCCACCCCGUCCUGCGCUUCCCCCUCCAGUUGGAGGGAGAUUAAUGGUUGCGCACCUCGCCAGCGGGGCCAGAAGGAGGCGCUAGACCAGCUACUGGGACACAUUAAAGAGGCGCACCGCCACUGUGUGUGCCACGAGCAGUGCAAAGCCCCUCCACACAUGAGGAAACACUCUGUAUCCAAAAGCUUGCGCCACCUCUUCCAGCCCAACAGCAAAUUUGUCAAAAGUUUGAAACGAGGUCUCUAUUUGACAUGUAUAUUUUACCAAGACGACAACGUCCUGGUGACGCCUGAGGACCAGAUCCCCAUCGUAGAGAUAGAUGACUCCUACUCCAGCUCACAGAUGCAGGACUUCCUAUGGUUCACUAAGGUGUCCUACCUAUGGGAGGAGAUUCCGUGGCUGCAGCAGUGUCUCAGCCCCUCCCAGUCCUCCUGCUCCUGCACCCUCCAGACACGCCUCAAGAUGCUGCAGGCUGUCUCCCAGCUCCAGGGCAUGCUGGGAACUCAGGACCUGGGUCAGGUUUACUUUGAGCCAAUCAAAGAUAAGCAUGGCAACACCCUGCUGGUGUUGCUGAGGGACAUGAACGCAUGUCCCAGUCUGGACGGAAUGAAGUGGACCCAGCUGUGUAAGCUCCAGCUCCAACGCAAGUCCAUCACAUCCCCUGAGGAGCCCACGGCCUUGGACAUGCUGCUCAUCACCCUCCAUGAGAAGCUGGCAUACCACAGACGGAGCAGGAAGCUCCUCUCCCCAGGCCUCUACCUGGGCUACCUGAAGCUGUGUAGCUCCAUGGACCAGAUCAGAGCCCUGGUGCCUCAAAACCUGCCCAAUGUCCUCUGUCACACCAAGAUACGAGACAACUGUAAUGUGUCUAGGGAGGAGUGGCAGUGGCUGCAGGCCCUCAGUUCUUUGGAGGAGUCUCUGGAGAUGGACCAGGAUGUCCAGAGCGCUCCACACCGCCUCCUACAGGACCUACGCAGUGCUGCCAAGGACCUCAUGGCCCACAUGAACAUCCCCGUCAGCCAGGCACAGGACUUCCGUAUCUAUGCCCAGGAGGUGUUGGAGUUUGGGGACAAGGUGUCCUUCCUGCUACUGCUGCCCCCCUCAGACGACGUGUGUACGGCCCCCGGCCAGAACAACCCCUACUCCCCCCAAUCAGGCUUCCUCACCCUGCCUCUGCAGGUCUUUGAGCUGGUUCACUUUGAUGCCUACUGCCCCAGCUUCAUAGGGCAGUACUGCCGUGUGUCUGCCCUGCUGGAGCUGGAGUUGCUCAUGUCCCAGCAGACCCUGAGGGAGGCCUUCUCAGAGACGGAGCUCCACGCCGCCAAGCAGAAACACCAGCAGGUCCAGGAGCACAUGCAGCAAAUGGAGGAGGUGUGGCGGGAGGCACGGUGGAUUAUGGAUGCUCUACAGUAUGCCCGCUACAAGCAGCCCACAGGGGGCAUUUCCCUGGCCUGGAUCAUCGACUUCUCCAGGGACUUGAUGCCUGACACGCCCCGCUCCACCUCCUCCCAGCCAGACUACCUGCCCUCGCCUAUGCCCUCCCCCGAACCCAGCCGCAAGCACUCUGUAGACUUCCACGGUCUCUCUGACGAAGAGGGUUCCUCUGAGGUCUUCCUCACCACCGACAGUGACUACGAUUCCAGCCGUGCCCAGAGCCUGCGCGAACUGGACCUGCUGCCCCCCUCCCCCCUCUCCUCCACCAGUGACAGUGUGGGAGGAGGGGGUGGAGAGGGUUCAGGGAUGGGGGAGCUGAGGGACUCCACCCCAGACGUCCUCCAGGCCUCGGAGCCCCAGGCGGGCACUGCCGGCGAACGACGGCUGAGGGGAGUGGGGCCCGGGGGGGAGAGGCAAAGGGACAGCGACUUCAUCCUACCCAGCCGGCAGAUCGAACUACUGAGGAUCACGGAGAAGAGGCAAGCCUUCUGUGUGAGAACCAGUAGUCUUGAAUUCCCCUCUCCCUCUGGUGGUCAUCCUGCCCACUCACCCUCACCGUCGCCAUCCUCCUCCGCCCACCGCCGCUGGCACCGACCCUCCUCUGUGGACCGCUACUGCCCUACUGAGCAGUGCCUGCCAAACCCCGAGCCCCUUGCCCGCACGCAGUCAGAAGACAGCGGCACCCAGAGGCUUUCGGGUGCCCCCUCGCCUGGUACCCACAGGAAAGGCUGGACUGCCACGCUACGGGUGUACCCACAGUACCGAACCAGGCUACCCAAGGAAACCAGCGUGAAGCUGCGGGUGACCCCAGGCACAUCGGCCAGGGAGAUGGUCCAGCUGGUGGUGCAGGAGAUGAACGCGGUGUCGCGGCGGCUCCUCGGAGGUAGCAGUAGUAAUGGAGGGGGAGCGGAGGAUGAGCAGUGUAUGUACAGCCCUGAGCAGCUGGAGCACUUUGGCCUGGUGCUGGUGGUGGAUGGCAGGGAGAAGUGGCUCCAGGAUGGCUUCUGUCCCCUGGAGCUACAGAACCCCUGGCUCCGGGGCAAGCUGUGCGUCCGCAUCAAGGAGUACUCACCACUGGCACUGCAGUACAGCAGGGCGACUACUGUCUGAAACUAGGCGGUCCCCUCCCCCCCAAUCAGGGAGGUCUGGACUAUUAGAGGGAGAUUCCUCCUUUAGAAAUGUGGGACCAUGAACUUCGAACAUUUCACUUGGGCCAAAGGUAGGCACCCUACCUAGGAUGAACUGGAAUUUCCACUGGAACUUUCUCACCUUUUCGCGCUCUCUUUCUCUCUCUUUCUCUCUCUUUCUCUCUCUUUUCCUCUUUGGUAGUUUUUUCCGUCAAAGUACUGUAGCUACAGAGCCUAGUCGAUGAUUUUAUGUUUGUUUAUUUGUUUUUGUUUUUUGUUAGCUGAAAUGCUGCUGUGAGACUCUGUUUCCAUGAAGUCUCCUCCCACCCCAUGUAAACUUACCUUCCUUCCUCAACCCUCAUCUGGGCACCAAAUGAACAAAAGCAAAUGGAAAACGGUUAUUAUUAUAUUAUUUGCAUCGUCAAAUGUCGGAGCCCAUAAAGGAAUGUGACGGUGUAGAAGAUUAAUGAAUGAAUGCCACGGCACUCUGGCAUGAGGCGUGAUUGACGGCAACACAUUUUGGCGCCUGCGUUGCCAGAACACCACGGUAUCGUCAUCUGCAGCCAUAUGCGGGUGGACAAGGCUUUUUCUCUCUCAUGGUGUCAUUCCAAGAGGCUGUUGGCUUCAGCCCUGCAGCCGGCCUUCCAGAUGUUCCCAGGAUGUAGGCCCUGGACUCUUCCCAGACAGCCCAUCGAGAGGGAAGGGGGCUUGCAUCUCCCAGCUCUGGAAAGAAUCUGGAAUCUGUCCGGCAGUUUGACCUGUCUGCUUGUCACUCUGUCAGACUCGCCUCCCUUGGCCACUGUUUUGACUUUGGGAAGGAGAGAGCUAGGAGUACACACAAGACAGAAGGAUAGAAAUAAGGAGGAAGGGAGGUAGGAGGGAGGGAUGGGAGAAAGGAGGAUGCCAUUUCUUUGGGAUCAUGGCAUUUACUUUCUGGUGUUUCUUUUUCGACCUGAGUGCAGGAACAAAUACUUUGUACAAGGCGUCUCCCGCCAUACUGUGGUGGGGUCAUAGAACAAACAAUAAUCUCAUCUAACGCAGCUAAGGAUCAGAAAGGCAAAGACAACAGAUUUGUAUUUAUUUUUAUGAAACCCAAACAGGAACAAAAGAAAGAGAAGCAAUACUUGUUUUUUCCCAUUUGUUUCUUUGUGAUUCGAGACGAUUGUCCAUCUUCCAGAAUUCCUUCAAAGACUGGGCCAUGCUAGUCAUGUGCUAACCGUUAGCCAGUGCAGUGUUUUGUGUUAUCCGACCAGUAAGAGGUGUUUGUCACCUCAUUGGGGGUCUGUUAGUCAGUACAGUGCUGUAAGUACUCCAAUGGAAAUAGGAAUGGCCAAGUUGCUCUUCAACGUGAUACUAUUAAGCUCCUUGAGCUCACAGUGGCUGCAGGAUUUGGUUUUAGUCGAGCACUCAUCUUCGUGUUCAUUUGGUGGAAAUCCAAUGUAGCAAAACCUUCAAGGCAUUCCUAAAUUCUUCUUUGGAGUGAAAUGGCAUUUGAAAGGGUUCAAACAGAAGGCAUUUCAGCCCUGUAUGAAAGACCCUGGUUGAAUAUGAUGCCCUGAUGUCUGGAAUGAAAGCCUGUACUUACUGUGACAUUGUGGGUCCAGAAAAAUGUAGACCUAGAACCUUCUACCCUGUUCUAUAGCCUUCCCUUAGACGUGGUUGGGAUCUCCGAGCCUGAUAAAAGUGUUUACAGUUUAGUUUCCUUUACCCUCCCCCCCAAAAAUGUGUGUUUACAUAUAACUAUGAAAAUAAGUCUUAAAGAGCAACUGAUGUGAAGUUGUAAUUGAAAAGUAUUGGUUUUACUGAUGGUUUGAAUUCUUGUGUUAGCGCUUAGAUGUAUCUUUUAUUCACAUUGUUAAAGACGGUUUUUACAAGGGCAGACUGCAAAAAAACAACAAGAGAAUACUUGGACAUAGAGAAAACGGGACUGAAUGUAUCUACUGUUAGACGUCAGGCUGCUGGGUCUGUCAACAGUAUAGAGGUCAGAAGUCAAUUCUGAAGGGUGAAGGGGCAGAGGGUGAGGGGGGUUUGCAAGUCCCUCACCAGCCAAAGGAGAAGAAAAGCCUGAUCUUUACAAGGACCCUUUGGCAGAUCCACUGGGCACAGUCAUGAAGGAGA